AUGAAAGAGACCCUCGACCUCUGCGAAUCGCCCGCCAUUAAAGGGGAGACGAGGUUCUGCGCCACCUCCCUGGAGUCCAUGGUCGACUUCACCACCACCCAGCUUGGAACCAACAGCCUCAACGUCCUCUCCACCUUGGUUCACCAAGAGAAGAGGAGCAAGCAGCAGCUUGACCAGUCAUUUGUGGUUCAGCCUGGGAUUGUAAAGAUGGAGUCCCCUGCUGCAGUGGCGUGCCACAGCAAGCUGUAUCCUUACGCAGUCUUCUACUGUCACAAGACCAUGGAUUCCAGGAGCUACAUAGUUCCAUUAAUGGCGGAAGAAGAUGGGAGCAGCGCAGCGGUUGUGUGCCACGACGAUACAUCGCAUUGGGACCCUAGACAUGCCAUCUUUAAGAUGCUAGGAGUGGAGCCUGGGACUAAACCCAUCUGCCAUUUCCUUCCUCCCCACCAUUUUCUGUGGGUCUCGAAGCAGCAGCCAUGGCUGCCCACUUCGAAGAAUAUUAGCUUACUAGCUAGCUAGUUGCAGAUAGUGGUGAUGGGGAGAAGGUUACUCUUUCAUAUUUG